UGUCCCGUUGGCCCUUCCGCUCGAGUGAAUCCGUUCCAUUUCUUCCCACAGUGCCAAAACCUUCACGACUCCGAGCACUUAACCUGGCUGACCGUCAAUCACGUCCAAGAACUCAUCAGCUUGUCUCACGAGCCUCCGGUGCAGGAUUUCAUCAGCGCCAUUCACAGAAACUCGGCAGCGAGCGGACUUUUCAUCCAGGCGAUUCAGUCACGAUGCGAGAACUUCGCCUCCCCGACAGCCGUGAAGAAGACCCUGCAGUGUUUGGAGGGGAUCCAUCUGAGCCAGUCGGGGGCCGUGCUGGUGUUGUACGUGGACAAGCUUCUCUCCACUCCCUUCCGUGUGCUGGCUCACAUGGUGGACACCUUGGCCUGCCGUCGUGUCGAAAUGCUUUUAGCAGCGUCUGUGCAGAACAGCACGGCUCAGUUGCCAGUUGAAGAGCUGGAGCGAAUUCAGGAAUAUCUGCAGAACACCGGAUUAGCCGACAGACAUCAAAGACUGUACUCACUCUUGGACCGGUUUCGUCUAACGGUGGCUCCGGAAACCAUUAGCCCCUCCCCUUUGGUUACGGCGCAUCCCUUGGAUGGGGGGAAACAUCCUGCUCUAGAAACUUUAAUUCCAGACAAAGAGACCCAGAGAUGUUUCAAUUCACAAUGGUUCUAGCUCAGGCUUUAAGUCAGUACCUGGUGUUGCUUUCCAAACUGCCAACGUCUCUUCGCAUUCCUCCGGAGAAGGAAAAUGACAUUGCGAAGUUCGUUGUGAUGCUGCUUGAGAUCCUGUCUUGGCAUUUAGCACGCAAGCAGGUCCCCCUGAGCAUGGAUUUCCAGGCCGUGCUGGAUUGCUGUUGUCUGGCAUUGCAACAGACGGAGCUGUGGAACCUCUGGGCGUCAGCCGAGAACACCAGCCAGGCCUCCUCGCUCAUCCAUUGCACCCGGUUCAUCCUGGAAGCAGUGGCCAUUGAACCGGGAAAUCGCCUCCUGAGUCCAGAGAAAAGGAAGAAGAUUCAGAAGGCCGGCAGUGAGAACGAAAAGGCUUCACAAACACCAAGUUCGGGAGGAAAUUGAACAUCAUCCGUGGGAUUGUCGAGCAAGAGAUCCAAGAAAUGGCCUCUAAGAGGGACAACGUCGCUUGCCACCAUGUAUACCAGGUGUGGGACCCUGUUCCAUCCCUGGCCCCCUCUACUACAGGUUCCCUCAUUAGCCACGAAAAACUGCUGCUUCAGAUCAAUACGGAACGCGAAAUGGGGAAUAUGUCAUACAAACUGGGACAGGUCUCCAUCCAUUCAGUGUGGCUGGGAAAUAGCAUUACCCCGUUGCGGGAAGAAGAAUGGGGCGAAGAUGAAGAUGAUGAGAGUGACAUGCCUGCCCUUUCUUCCCCCCCUUCUUCCCCCAUCAAUUCCAGGAAGCACCGUGCCGGGGUGGACAUUCAUUCGUGCUCCCAGUUCCUGCUGGAGUUAUACAGUCAAUGGAUUCUCCCGUCCACCCCAAACAAGAAGACGCCAGUUACCCUGAUCAGCGAAGUGGUCCGAUCC